ACAACCUCUCCACCAUCUCUCUGUAUCUCCCUCCUCCCGCAGAGACGCGCACACGGCUGGAUCUCUCUCUCUCUCUCGACAUCAGCAUCAGACACCCGCCGGAACAGAAUCGCAACAUGGUCAUACCCCCGUCAAUGCCGCCGCCGUCCGCGGCGGAGCUCCACCUCGACAACCUCCGGGCCCUCAAGGUCCUGGGCAAGGGAGCAAUGGGCACCGUCCUCCUCGUCCACGACGCCGCCUCCGACCCCUCCGCCUCCUCCCCCUUCGCCCUCAAGCUCGUCGACAAGUCCUCCGCCCACGACGCCACCCGCCGCGCCCGGUGGGAGAUCUCCGUCCUCGGCCGCCUCACCCGGCCCUCCGACCACCCCUUCCUCCCCCGCCUCCUCGCCUCCUUCGAGACCGACGAGUUCCUCGCCUGGGCCGUCCCCUACUGCCCCGGCGGCGAUCUCAACGUCCUCCGCCACCACCAGAACGACCGCGUCUUCUCCCCCGCCGUCAUCCGCUUCUACGUCGCCGAGAUCAUCUGCGCCCUCGACCACCUCCACCGCUGCGGCAUCGCCUACCGCGACCUCAAGCCCGAGAACGUGCUGAUCCAGCAGUCCGGCCACGUGACCCUCACGGACUUCGACCUCUCCAAGCAGCUCAAGCCCAGGAAGGCCAAGUCCAUCCACAUCCUCGAACGCCGCGAAAAGGAGGCGGAGCUUCCCCAGAGCAAGCCGAAGAGGAACAACCUCACGCGCUUCGUCGGGGUGUUCAGCGAAUCCAAGGCGCUGAGCCUGAAGAAGGCGAAGUCGGCGCGGGUCAGCCCGGUGAGCCGGCGGAACAAGCCGGGCGGCGGCGGCGGCGGCGGCAGCUUCUCCGACGACGGCGAGCGGUCCAACUCCUUCGUGGGGACGGAGGAGUACGUGGCGCCGGAGGUCGUCCGGGGCGAGGGCCACGAGUUCGCCGUCGACUGGUGGGCCCUGGGCGUCCUCACCUACGAGAUGCUCUACGGGGCGACCCCGUUCCGGGGCAAGAACCGGAAGGAGACGUUCCGGAACGUACUGGCGAAGAACCCGGAGUUCAUCGGGAAGCGGACGGCCCUGACGGACCUGAUCGAGCGGCUGCUGGCGAAAGACCCCACCAUGAGGCUCGGCUACCUCCGGGGGGCCGCCGAGAUCAAGGAGCACGAGUUCUUCCGAGGGCUCAGGUGGGACCUGCUGACGGAGGUCGUGCUGCGGCCCCCCUUCAUCCCCUCCCGGGACGACGGCGGCGGUGCUGACGACGCCGAGAGGCUGGCGGCGCGUGCGGUCGACGUGCGGGAGUACUUCCGGAGAUCGAGCCAGCCGCCGUCGAUCCCGGCGUCGCCGCUGCCGUCGCCGUCUCGGAGCGUGUCCAUAGCGGAGUUCUGACCCCACCCCACACGUGUGCAGGACUAAUUUUUCUUUUCUUUUUUUUGUAACUAUUUUUUUCCCCCACCUCUUUCCUUUUUAAAUUGUCGCUUGGGCGCACCCACCUAAUUAACUCGCUGUACAUAGGAGAGUUUUAAUAAUAAUUGUAGAACGUGAUUAAAGCUAUAAAGUUGAGCUUGGGGUAAUUAUAUAAUUCA